AUGAACAUGGUUUCCAGUCUUUUUAAGGAUGGAACAAUUGGAAGUGACAUAAACAUUGUUGUUGUGAGUCUUUUGCUUUUGGAAGAUGAUCCAUCUGGACUUAAGCUCACUCAUCAUGCUGAUCAAUCCUUGAAUAAUUUCUGCCAAUGGCAGUCAUCCCUUGUGGGUAAGAAUGGAAAAAGACAUGAUCAUGCCAUUCUUCUAACAGGAUUGGACAUUUGCUCAUGGAAAAAUGAGCCUUGUGAUACCUUAGGUUUUGCACCAAUAAAUGGAAUGUGCAGCAAAUACCGCAGUUGCACCAUAAAUGAGGACACUGGUCUGGGCUUGGCUUUUACUAUCGCUCAUGAAUCGGGUCACAACUUUGGAAUGGUCCACGAUGGAGAAGGGAAUCCUUGCAGGAAGACUGAAGGGAAUAUCAUGUCUCCCACCUUAUCUGGAAACAAUGGGGUGUUUUCCUGGUCAGCCUGUAGUAGACAAUAUCUGAAAGAAUUUCUCAGCACAGCUCAAUCCUCCUGUCUCAUUGAUGAGCCAAAACAAUUAGGACAAUUUCAGUAUCCAGAGAAGCUGCCUGGACAGACCUAUGAUGCAGACACUCAGUGUAAAUGGCAGUUUGGACCAAAGGCAAAGCAGUGCAGCUUCGUAAAGGACAUAUGUAAGUCACUCUGGUGUCAAAAAUCCGGCCACAGAUGUGAGACGAAAUUCAUGCCAGCAGCAGAGGGUACCGUCUGUGGCCUGAAUAUGUGGUGUCGAAGAGGGCAGUGCGUCAGGUUUGGAGACCAUGGACCAAGAUCAGUUAAUGGAGGGUGGUCUGAUUGGACAGAGUGGUCGGAAUGUUCCAGAACCUGUGGUGGUGGAGUGAUGUAUCAAGAGCGGUUCUGCAACAACCCAGUACCUCAGUAUGGAGGGAAGUAUUGCCAGGGCUCCAGCCGUAUUUAUCAGAUUUGCAAUGCCCAGACUUGUCCUUCCAACACUCCGGACUUCCGUGCCCAGCAAUGCGCAGAGUACAACAGCAAACCAUUCAGAGGAUGGUAUUACAAGUGGAAACCUUACACUAGAGUGGAAGAGGAGAAUAUCUGCAAGUUAUAUUGCACGGCUGAGGAUUUUGAUUUUUUCUUUGCACUGUCUAACAAAGUGAAAGAUGGAACUCCAUGUUCUGCUAGUGGAUACGAUGUGUGUAUUGAUGGCAGCUGUGAGCUCGUAGGCUGCGAUUAUGUUCUUGGAUCAAAAGCAGCUCUGGAUGCCUGCGGGGUUUGUAAAGGUGAUAAUUCAACAUGCAAGUUUUACCGUGGACAGUAUCUGAGCCAUCACAAAACCAACGAUUACUACACAGUGGUGACAAUACCGGCAGGUGCCAGAAGUAUCCAUUUUCAGGAGAUUGAAGUCUCAACCAGCUACCUCUCUGUAAAAAACCUAAACAAGAAGUAUUAUUUAACUGGAGACUGGACCAUCGACUGGCCUGGGAAGUUCUCAUUUGCUGGGACUGUUUUCAACUACCAAAGACCUUUUCAGCAGACUGAGAGCCUUUAUGCACCUGGACCGACAAAUGAAACACUGGUUUUGGAAAUCCUUUAUCAAGGAAAGAAUGGAGGAUUUACAUGGGAGUAUACAUUACCAUAUUCUCUUAAUGAAGAGAACCUUGUGAAGAAGACAAGCUAUUCCUGGGUUCCUGUCUUUACCGAUUGCUCUGUCACUUGCGGUGGAGGCGAACAGACUCGGUCAGUGCUGUGUGUACAGAGGACAGCACAAGGCGAAGAGCUGGUGGGACAUUCACACUGUCCAGUGAGCACUCCCAUUCAAGUCCAGAAGUGCCAUAUCCAGGACUGUCCAGCAGAAUGGAGCACAGGACCCUGGUCCCAGUGCUCCCGAUCCUGCGGUAAGGGAAUUAGGAAACGAGAGGUUUAUUGCAGAAGUGUCAACUCAGAGAAGUAUAAAAUCCUUCCAGCAGACCUGUGUCCAGCCAGCUCCAAGCCAGAGUCCACUGAGAGCUGCAUGCUCGCCCGCUGCCAGAAAAAUGACAAACUGCAGUGGGUGAUAUCUGCAUGGACUGAGGUAACCUUCACAUCUAAAGAAAGACUGAGAAUGUUCUUUGAUUUGUUCUGUUUUUAUCAAAUUUAUUGCAUAAAGGAAUGA